AUGGAUUCGUCUGGCUCCCAGGAGAAGAAACCAAUUCCCCGCUUCGCCAGCUUCAAACCGCCUCCUCCGCCCGAGGCUGAUCGCCCGCUCGAGCGCCCGCGUCGCGACACCACCGACCGAGAGGACAAGUCCAGGUCUCGUACGGAGCACCACUCGAGACACAGAAACCACCGUGAUCGGUCUAGAUCACGGGAGCGCCGCCGGACACACAGAGACAUAGGACAUCAUUCACGUUCCGAUAAAGCGGAUCGCCAUGAUCGCCCUGCCUCCGACCACCCCCGUACUUCGACAGCGGACCGCCGCGGCACGAAGGACGAUGCGUCGGAUCUCUACGUCAUUGAUCUCAAAGGAGACAAGUACAAUCUGAUCUACGGCACAUUACAUCGCUACAGCGUUCCCGAGUAUUACCGAGUUGGUCGAGGCAAUGUGUUGGGCCUACCUUCAAGCUAUCGUAUAGACCGAGAGAGCGUCGUGGAAGACAAGCUGGUCAUCAGAAACGAGACACAGAAGAAAGGACCCUCCAGGACGAAAGCAAAAAGUCUCUUCUCGAAACUUAGCAAACAACAACCACGACUACUUCGAUUCAAGCCCCAGUCAUUGCUCGACGCAGCUGCAGACUUCUCCAAGGACUACCUACCUUUGAGUACUUCCGAGAGUCGAAAGCAUCGCGGAGCUUCUGAUGAUCCUGACACCGACAAUGACAAAUAUGCCUAUCGUUCAAUUCAUGGCAAGGCCAAACCGGAAGACCACCUUCCCAGCGAUGUCGAAGCCACGUCAAACAGUGAGGUCGAUGGGGAGGAUGGCAUCCGAGGAGAUCCAGACGAGGAGAUCAAGCAAAAAAAUGUGCUUCUGUCGCGAGGCGUAGAGAAGAAUCCUGCAGAUGUUGGACUGUGGCUUGAAUACAUCGACCAUCAAGAAUCCUUGCUUCGCGGGUCAGCUAACGAGACCAAAGCCUUAACAUAUGCAGAAAAGCAGAGUUUGGCUGACAUCAAAUUGUCUCUGUACGAGAAAGCCCUUAAAAAGGUCGGUCAGAGCGAAUUCAAGGAUCGUCUUCUACUUGGAUUUCUUGAGGAGGGUACAAAGCUUUGGGAUACCAAGAAGAUCUCUUCGCAGUGGCAGGCUAUUUUACGGUCGAAUUCGCAGUAUAUCAGCCUCUGGGUGAAAUAUCUCGACUUUCGUCAGACUGAAUUUCUCAAUUUCACAUAUCAGCAAUGCCUUGAUACCUAUAUUGAAUGCUUGAAGUUAAAUCAGUCUGCGCCAGAGACCCCUGGGAAGUCACAGAUCCAGCUGUAUCUCUUUCUUCGGUUGACCUUGUUCAUGCGCGAAGCUGGAUUUGCUGAGCAUGCAGCAGCACUUUGGCAGGCAAUUCUCGAAGUAGUCUUCUUCCGGCCAGACUCCCUUGGAGAAAGUCCGGAUGUCAAGGAAGUCAUGUCGAGCUUCCUAGAAUUCUGGGAGUCUGAAGUGGCCCGAGUUGGUGAUGUAGCUGCGAAAGGCUGGAAAAGUGGCAGCAAAGAUCUUCCCGCUCAGCAGGAAUUCAAACCCGUGUCUCAGCUCGAGCCAAAGGCAUUAAUCCUCUCAUGGGUAUCUUGUGAAAGAGAGAGGACUAUGCAUGCCCGGCUGCCUGCUUUCAGUUUGAAUGAAUCCGAUCAGGACGAUCCUUAUCGUGUGAUUCUAGCCUCUGACCUUGAAGAUAUCUUGACUCUUAUUUGUCAGAUCGCCUCACCAAGAUUGCUGCUUGAUAGUUUCCUCUUCUUCUGUCGUCUUCCACCCAUGAUAAGAGACGAUAAUCAGGGCACGCUUGGUCGUUGGGCAGGCGACCCAUUCGUUCGAAACGAGAUCAUGAGCACCUCAUUUUCUACGGUUGAUGACUGGAUUCCACGCACCUCUGCAGCAGAUGAAUACACGGCACUGCCCCCCUUUUUGUUUCCCCAACAAAGUUUUGUCAGCACAAUCGACAACCUCUUUUCCGAGUCAGAAAGAUGGUUUUCAUCUUUAGACACUUGGAAGAAAGCUACCUCGAAUUCAGAGUCCGAUGUUGUUCCUGUCUGGACGCGAAGAGCACUGAGAUUGCUGGUCGAUGCCAACCCCGGCAAUGAUAACUUGGCAGAGCAUGCGCUCGCCGUCGAGUUCGCGUGCAGCGGUAAAGAUGCGAAGAAAUUCGCAAAGUCCCUACUCAAAAAAAGGUCAUCUAGUUUGCGACUAUACAACGCGUACGCGCUGAUGGAGUGGCGGUCAGACAACCAGGCCGCUGCUCAGCAUGUGUGGGCAACUGCGCUCUCCAUGAGCAGGACAUUUUCCGAUCAUGACAAAAUGGAUAGCAUUUUGCUUUGGCAAACAUGGCUGUGGGAGCUUUUGGAGACUCGCAAUAUGGCCCAAGCUUCCUAUAUUCUGCUCUGCAUCCCGCAGAACAACAUAGAUCCAAAUACUUUACCCCAGACUCAAGCUCAAGACUCAGCUCAGCCUAUAUUCACUGCCACGAGUCUCCUCAAGAUACAAAGCCAUCUUUCCGAACUUCAAGAACGGGUCCUUGCUCACCGAAAGGCCACCAACUUUGUAGCCAGCACAGACUGCCUCGCCAUUCUCUCCUACCUCACCAAUGCCCAAGACCUGCUCAAAGCCCUGGAGGCAUACACCCACGCUUUCAACAUACUCAGCUCGCUCCCCGCGCAUUCCACACCCUUCCAAAGCUACACCACCGAGAUCCUCCACCAAUCCCGCGCCAAACUCCUGUACCACCACAUCCACACCCGGCGCGUCUACAAGCCGUCGCACAUCCGCGCCCUCCUCUCCGAGAGCAUCGCCCUCUUUCCACACAACACGAUCUUCCUCUCGCUUUUCGCCUGGACCGAAUCUCGCUUCCGGAUCGACGACCGCGUCCGCACCGUCGUCCGCGACAUCACCACAACCACUGCAUUUCGCAACAAACCCCACCGCGACGACGAUCCAUACAACCUCUCCAAACCGCCCAUCCCAAUCACAACCCACCUCUUCUCCAUCUACACCGAACUCAACCGGCCCAUCUUCGCAGGUUCGACCGCGCACUCCGUCCGCGCAGCCUUCGAAGAAGCCAUCGGCGACAGCAUCAACCAGAACAACCUCCACCACUCCUCCUCGUCCAUGACUGCGACUUCGUCCUCUUCAGCAGUCCGCUCCAACCCGUCCACCUGGAAACUCUACAUCCUCUUUGAACUGUCGCGCCACGAAAUCCACCGCGCCAAGGAUGUCUUCUACCGCGGCAUGCGGGCCUGUCCGUGGUCCAAGGAGCUGAUCAUGCUGGCGUUCACGCAUCUCCGCGCGGAUGUCGUUCGGGAGAGGUACCCGGCCGAGUCGCGGCGCGGGGACGGGAUGGAUUUCGACGAGCUGCGGCACGUGUAUAAUGUAUUGGUGGAGAAGGAGUUGCGGAUCCAUGUUGAUAUCGAGCAGGAGUUGGAUGAUCUCGCGGCGAAGAUGAUGGUGGAGCGGAAGGAUCUGGGUUUGAGUGGUGGCGUGAGCGGGGUGAUCAGGAUGCCUGAUGAUGGUGAUGAUAGUGAGGUUGAGGAGAUGCCAGCAUGAAGAUUAUGUGUAAAUUACCUCGGUGUAUUAUCUAGGCCUGUUUCUUCCAGUUGAGCGGCCGCGACGAAUGGC